GUUGCUAUAAAAUUUGGAAUCAACGUGGGCUUACUCCAGUCCGUUAGGAAACGAGGAGUGGACCAAGGGAAGUAACUCGGUAAAACAAAAAUGAUCGGUAUUGUGUUCUUGGCGCUGUUGGGCUUUACAGCCGCGGAAACGACAUGUCAGAAGGGCUGGGAACAAGGCAACGAAUCCUGCUACAAAGUUGUGGACUUCAGAACCGACUGGGUUACAGCCUGGAUGUACUGCGCGGCGAUGAGAACUCAGCUGGUCAACGUUGGCUCGCAGGAAGAACAAGACGUUAUCGCCGGCUUCUUACCCAAGUAUAAAGAUAUGUAUCCUCAGUUCUGGAUAGACUUGAGCGAUAUGAAGGUGGAAAAUGAUUUCCAGUGGAUGACAUUUGAGGAGAAACCCGAAUACACCAACUGGAUCCAAGGCCAGCCUGACAACAGUGCCGGAAAACCCGCCGAAAACUGCGUGCAUAUCAACGCCAUUCCUUGGAGAAACUUCGGCUGGAACGACCAUAAAUGUGGCGCUCAGCUCAACUUCAUCUGUGAGACAAUCCCAAAGAUGUAAAAGGCGGGUUUCUUCAAAACGCUGAUGUCUACAGGUUUAUUCCUAAACUGAUUACAUUUUGAUUUGAUGUGAUUGUUGCUUCAUAUUUAUUCCCACUGACAUAUUACUGGUUUGCUGGCAUGUUGACUAUUUUUUCGUGCGUGUAAAAAAAAUAAUAAAGUUUUGCAA